AUGUCUGGCGCAGGAACGGUAGCUCUCUUCUCCCCGGGCCAGCACGGCCACUUGAUCCCCUAUCUCGCCGCCAUCCACGCAUCCUGCAUUACCCAUGACCGCACCAUCGCCACGUUCCUCCCCCCUCUAUCCCACGAGAAACUCCUCGCCUGGUGGAAGGAACGCAUCGCAGAGGUUGCCGAUGGCAAGCGUCUCAUCUUCAUCCUCCUCAACGAGUCUGAGCCGGGCUCUCGGCCGAAAGGGUCCGAUGUUAUGGGCGUUGUUAUGCUUGCCAUGCCAUCCUCCGAGACGGGACCCUUCCGCGGCGUGGUAGAGAAACUUCUCGUCCACAAGACGUUUCGCGGCAGAGGAGGUGCCAGGACUUUGGUUUCCGCUCUCGAAGCUGAGGCGGCGCGGCGCGGCAGGACGGUACUGCUCCUCGAUACCGAAGCUGGAAGUGUCGCAGAGGAGGUGUAUAGAAAGUUUGGCUACAUCGAGCUCGGCCAGAUCCCCAGGUAUGGUCUGAGUCCAACAGGGGAGCUCAAGGACGGGACGUUCUUUUACAAGCAUCUUCAACUGUGA